AUGGCUGAUAACGUGGUGUUGAAAUGGCCCACUCCGAAAUCGCGCCGCUCAAAGACCAAUUUAUUGAGUAAUAGACCUUUGAAAAUUCCCAAAACCAGAAAGGAUAAUUUGAAGAUUAUAAGCCACGCAACACGGGAUCCAAAGAACGAUGAGAAACAAGGGGCCUUUGAUAUCUCGUCAAGCUUGAUAAAAGAUCUGCCCUCAACAAAACAUGAGCAACACUUGUGCGAAGAAUCCGUUGUCAUGAGCAUUGCUCCAACACGCAAGUUUGAUCUGAGCACCUUGGACGGAGUCGAAAUCGACAGCACACCUACCGUGACAGCUCAGAUCUCUCGGUGGAAUCCAAAUGCGCCGAUACCGAGAACCGUUUUCGACGAGACUGAAAAAGUUCUCAUGAACUUUUCGGAUUGUGUGACGUACAUUUAUUCUACGAACAUGGGGUUGACAUGCAAUUCGAUGGUUGGAGAAAUAUUCCGAGUGUCAUAUUUCGAUAGGACAAAACUACCUUUCAUUGAUAAUUUGAAUCAGGUUUUGUUAAAGCAAAAACCGGCUGUUCUUAUGCUCGAAGAUUCUUCGGAAUCAAGCAAGGCUAAGGCCAACAUGCAAUCCUUCUGGGUGGACAUGUACUUGACGUAUUUCAAGUCGUUGGCAAUACACAGCUACAAGAAGCCGUUGCCGUUUUUCAAUCGCAUUGCUAGAGCUCUAGAGCAUAACUAUGACCCUUUGUCGACAGAAUCGCUCAACUGGGCUUGCCUUUUCUGUUUUUAUGACUCGCUGUCUGCCAUGAUGGCAGGCAGAUCUCCUGCCAUACCUCAAAUAUACCUGACUGCACCCUCCCAAACCCAGCAGAGGCAACACGACAGCAGUCUUAUGGCAACUGUUGGAUGCCCCGAAAACAUUGCGGCUAUAAUUGCCGAGUUGGCACACAUAAUAGGCAGCUUGGGAGGGUUCCCGAGACUCAAUAACGCCAAAGAGAAGAUUCAAGUUCCCACUCAGGUCUGGGACAGAUUGCAGGAUCUCAUUUUCGAAGCCCAUACGUCCACGCUUGAUCAGAGAUUUGAGCUUGAGGGCGAGGUGGAAGACAUCAGCAUCUUCGAACUGAUUCACGACUGCUGGAGAUGGGGGACGUUGAUCUAUAUAUACUCUGUGUUUUUCAAGGAUUCCGCGGAGAAGAGCCAGAAGAUGAGGACUCUUAGAGACAACAUUCUGGGUACCAUGAGGGAACACUCUUUGGUCAAAACCAAACAGCUCUUGUGGCCCCUUUUUAUGGCAGCGUGCCAGAUUCCCGUGGAUGAUGUCAAGAAUCAGAUGUUUUGCUUGCGUUUGUUCAGUUUGUACGCUGAGACUUAUGGACCUGGGAUCUUUCUGGUGGCAGCCGAUGCGCUAGCAGAGAUAUGGAUGAGCCGCAAAGCAUCAGAAGAAAUUUUUUGGUGGGAGGUCACCAGUGACAUGUAUAGGAACGGAAAGGAAAUCCUAUAUGCGUAG